UACUUUUCUUUCAACAAACAAUAUUCAUCUUUUUUCUCUAAUCAAUGUCCUUUCCAAGUUCUAAUCUUAGUUCUGGAAUCCACAAAAACUAUCAACACUACUCGUUCUUUGAUCAUCAACUUCUUCCAACUACUUCUCUUUCUCACAAUAGGCCGCGCAAAGAAUUGAUUCUACUAAUUCUGUAGCUAGCAAUCAUUGUAUAUAAUUUUAAAAAAAGUGAGUCAUUAAUAUUAUUCCUGAUUCAAAAUGAUGGAGAAGAAAAUAUUGUUCGAGAAAUAUGAAAUUGGAAAACAAUUAGGCAAAGGCACGUUCGCGAAAGUUUUCCAUGCAACUAACCUUGUCACAGGCGAAAAUGUGGCGAUCAAAGUGAUCAAGAAAGAGAUUGUGAAAUCUCAAGAAAUGAUGGAGCAAAUCAAGAGGGAAAUCUCCGUGAUGCGCCUCGUUCGCCACCCUAACAUUGUCGAGCUCAAAGAAGUCAUGGCAACAAAAACCAAGAUUUUUAUUGUCAUGGAGUACGUGAAAGGUGGAGAACUCUUUGCCAAAGUAGCCAAAGGGAGACUCAAAGAAGACAUGGCUCGAAAAUAUUUUCAACAGUUGAUUAGUGCUGUUGAAUUUUGCCACAGUUGUGGAGUAUCUCAUCGUGAUCUAAAGCCAGAAAAUCUCCUUCUUGAUGAGAAUGAGAAUUUGAAGGUGACAGAUUUCGGGCUAUCGGCUUUGCCUGAGCAAUUGCUCAAUGAUGGACUUCUAUACACUCAGUGUGGAACUCCAGCGUAUAUUGCCCCUGAAAUAAUACGAAAUAAAGGAUAUAAUGGAGGAAAGUCUGAUAUUUGGUCAUGUGGAGUUGUAUUAUAUGUUCUUCUAGCAGGAUGUUUACCUUUUCAAGAUGCUAACCUUGUGAAUCUAUAUAGAAAAAUUUUCAAAGCUGAAUAUAGAUUUCCACCUUGGUUAUCGACAGAAGCAAAACGUUUAAUAUCUAGAAUAUUAGUUCCUAACCCACAAAAAAGGAUUAGUAUAACAGGCAUAAUGAAAGACCCUUGGUUUAGGAAAGGCUUAAAAAUGCCAAUUAAUGGGAUUAUUCCUUCAUCAAUUGAUCAUGAACAUGAUACUAUUUCCAUGUUAGAUAAAUUUGGAAAAGAGGAAUAUUUAAAGCAUGGAGGUAUGAUCAAGUCACCUUCUUCACCAGCCUUAUUGAAUGCUUUUGAAUUGAUCUCAUCAAUGUCAGCUGGGGCUAAUUUAUCAAGCUUGUUUGAGAACAAGAAGAAGACGGAGUCCAUUUUCACUUCGAGGUGUUCAGCUACAAUCAUCAUGGCAAAGAUUCAAUUGUUGGCCAAUAAAUUGAAUUUUAAGGUUGCAAGGAUCAACGGUUCAACCUUGAGGCUCCAAGGUUCCUCCAAUAUCCGGGCAAAAGCACGGUUAUUGGUGACCGUUGAGGUGUUCAAGGUGGCUCCAGAAGUAGCUGUGGUUAAGUUCUCAAAAAUCUCAGGUGAUUCACAAGAGUACACCAAGUUCUUUGAGGAGGAAGUAAGACCAAAUUUAAAGGACAUUGUUUGGACAUGGCAUGUUGAGGAUGUGUUAAGUGGUUGUGACAAAGAAGAGAUCAAAAUACCUAUGAAAUGUGCUAGUAGCAAGGAUUUGAGCCAAAGUAAGCUAGAAGAAAUUGACAUAACUGCUAAUUUGUCAUCCAGUGUGUGA